AUGGCGAGGGGUGUCAAAUUACUUCUUAUAUGGAUAUUGUGCAGAGGGGUUAAUGUUGUCUCUAGCUCAGACGAGAGGACAGUGGUGCCUCUGGUAAGCACAGCAAAUGGUAAGGUACAAGGAACAAUGAAUCAUGCUGUAGACAGUAGCAGACCUGUAUAUGCAUUCUAUAGUAUACCAUAUGCAGAGCCACCAACAGGAAGCAACAGGUUUCAACCACCCAUACCAGCUAAACCAUGGACUGGUACUAAGGAUGCUACAAAAAUACGUAACUACUGUAUACAAGAUCAAGAUGGAUGGAAUGAACUUUGCCAAACAUUAAAAUUUCCAAUGAAAUCACCAGCUGAUCCAGCAUCUUACUCGGAGGAUUGCCUAGAACUUGAUGUUUAUACUCCCGAUGUUAAUGCAAAACUUCCAGUAAUGUUCUGGAUACAUGGCGGAGGGCUCAAUGGUGGAUCAGGCCAUGAUUACAAUGGAACUGCUUUGAGUGUAUUUAACAAUGUAGUCGUUGUUGCUAUCAACUAUAGACUUGCGCAUCUCGGGUUUCUGAGUACAGGAGACAGCCUAAUACCUGGUAAUAUGGGAUUCAAAGACCAGGUUGAAGCGCUAAAGUGGGUCAAUCAAAACAUCCACGCUUUUGGUGGUGAUCCAGAUGCCGUAACUAUCUUUGGUGAAAGUGCAGGUUCAUGGAGUACUUCUUCACAUCUUGUGUCACCAAUGAGUAAAGGUCUGUUCAAGUAUGCAAUACUACAAAGUGGAUCUAUACUUAGUGAUAUAGUUGUGAAUAAAAAUGCAGAAUACCAUUUUAACGAAGCAGCAAUACUUUUAGGUUGUGUCAAUGGUUCCAAAUCUGAAAUAACUGAUUGUGUUAAACAGGCUCCUGUCGAAGAUAUUCAUCAAGUCAUUGUAAAAACAUCUGGCAAUAUGAAGUACGAUCGGGUCACAGUUGAUGGAGAAUUCUUUCCUAAACAUCCAAAGUAUCUUUAUGAAGAGGCAGAUUUUAGUGAUACCAAGAUAAUGGUUGGAACAACAGAACAUGAAAUGUACAUGUAUAUUUCUCUUUGGUCCUUUGAUGGCCAGUACAACUAUGGAACAUUUCUGGAAGAAAUAAAAUUUGCAAAUGAGCUGUUUUGUCAAAAGGACACUGUAACUGUUGAAAACCUGAAUAAAAUUGCGAAGUUUUAUUUGGACAAGGAUAUAUCUGAGAUGGAUGAGAAAUCCUACAGAGAAAAAGCCAUUGAGAUUACAACAGACUUUACUAUGGAGUUCCCUGUGCUUAAUUUGACAAACACAUUUGUAGAGAGAGGUGGUACAGCAUACCUUUAUUUAUACUCCCAUUCUCCUAGCCACAUGCAGACGAUCAGACCACGUGACUAUGGAGCUCAUGUUGAUGAACUGUUGUUCUUAUUUGGUUAUGGGUUUAUAGACCCAAAUGAAUUAAAUGAGAGAGUUACGUAUACGAAUGAUGAAAAUACAUUUGCCCUGCAACUGAUGAAGUAUUGGGUCAACUUUGCACAAAAUGGUGAUCCUAACAGUGAAGAUUUACCAAAGUGGCCAAAGUACAACUUAGAAAGUGAGGAGUUUGCCGUACUUCAACCCCAGCCAAACGUGAGACAGCUUUUCAGGAAGGAAAAGUUUCAAUUUUAG